GCUGAACUGUUGAUUGUAUUGCUUAUUGCUGAUGUUAUAAAAUAUAGGAAUCCUAAACUUUUCUUCUUUCUUUUCUUUGUUGUGAUCUCAUCAACUCCUGAACUUGAGUAUCAAUCAUGGCUGCAAAACUUGGGGGUAGAGCUUAUCUCUCUUCCUUUGUUGAUGGUGUUUUGAACAAGCUGUCGUCCCUUGAUGUCAACUCAACCCCAGAAGCAAAGAAGUUAGCUGACCAGAAGUUGUUUCGAAGACUGAAAGCGAGUCUCCGUGCCACUCGACCUGUGCUUGAUGAUGCUGAGCAGAAGCAGAUCCGAGACCAAGAAGUCAACAAGUGGCUUGUUGAUCUCCAAGAUGCUCUCUAUUUGGCUGAUGAUCUUCUGGAUGAACUCUCCACGAAAGCUGCCACCGUCCCUCCCACUCCCACUCCCACUCAGAGGGAUCCAGGUAACUCUUCUUCCUGGUCUCACUAUGUUGAUUCAAUUUUGGAAGAUAGUGCUGACGAUGAGAUGGGGGUAGUGACUAGCAUGCAAGACAUAGUUGACAAACUAGAGUCUAUUGUUGAAGAGAAAGAUGAUCUUGAUCUGAAACAUGGGGUUGCGAAAGAUCUGGAGGACAUGUCAUGGAGAAUUCAAUCAUCUCUGCUUGAAAGUCCUGAUAUAUAUGGCAGGAACGAUGACAAGGAGGCCAUCAUAAAAUUGUUGUUAGAUGAAACUUGUGAUGAUAAAUUGUCUGUGAUCUCUAUAGAAGGUAUAGGUGGAAUUGGAAAGACUACUUUGGCUCAGUUAGUUUACAAUGAUGCCAGAGUGAAGGAGAAGUUUGCCAUUAAAGCAUGGGCGUGUGUUGCAACAAAAUUUGAUCCUGUUAAUGUUACCAAGUCUAUAAUGGAAGACAUAGGUUCUCCUUGUAAUAGGGUUAACUUGAAUCCAAUUCAAACCGAAUUGAAGGAAAAGUUAACAGAAAAGACAUUCUUGGUAGUUUUAGAUGAUGUUUGGGAUAAUCAGCAAAAUUUGUGGGAUAAUUUUCUAAAACCAUUUUUGAGUGGAAAUAAAGGAAGUAAAAUUCUUUUAACUACUCGUAAUAAAAAUGUUGAUUCUGUAGUGUCACCUACAAAUCUACAUUAUAAAUUAGAUACAUUGUCCGACAAAGAUUGCUGGUCUUUGUUUUUGAAACAUUCAUCUAUUUCUACUAGUUCUAGGCAAUAUGUAAUCUUAGAACAAAUUGGUAAAAAAAUUGUUGAAAAAUGUAAGGGGUUACCUUUGGCUGUGAAGACACUUGGGGGUUUAUUGCGGAGUAAGGAUAAAGUAGAGGAUUGGGAGAAUUUACUGAGAAGUGAAAUUUGGGAGCUAAAUGAAGAUGAGAGUAAGAUUGUUGCUGCAUUAAGAGUUAGUUAUCACUAUCUUCCUUCAAAUUUAAAGCGGUGUUUUGUUUAUUGCUCGUUAUAUCCCCAAGAUUAUCAAUUUGACAAAGAUGAAUUAAUCUUGCUGUGGAUGGCUGAAGAUCUCUUACAACCAAUGGAAAAAAACACAUUAGAAAAUAUUGGUUGUGCUUAUUUUGAGGAAUUAGUUGCAAGAUCAUUUUUUCAACUUUCUAGUAAAGGUGCUGGCUUAUUUGUAAUGCAUGAUCUCAUGCAUGAUUUAGCAUCAUUUUUUGCUGAAAAAUUCUAUUUCAGAGUCAGAGAAUUAGGAGAUCCACAAAAGAUUUGCAGCAAAACUCGUCAUUUGUCAUACAUGGUAAAUCCCGAUGAUUCAAGAUUUGGAGAGGCCUACAAGGGAGCAAUACAUAUGAGAACGUUUCUAAAUGUAUGUCGUGGUCCUCUAUCAAUUACGUUAGAAAGUGAUUCUUUGCUCUUACAAUUACAAAUGAGGUAUCUAAGAGUUUUGUCAUUUAAACGUUUUUCUAUUGAAUCAUUGCCUGAUUCAAUAGAUAAACUGAUCCAUUUGCAUUAUUUGGAUCUCUCUUAUACAUCUAUUUUGACAUUGUCCGAGUCAUUGUGUAAAUUAUACAAUCUCCAAACAUUGAAGUUGAGUUAUUGUAAGAAGCUGGAGAUGCUUCCUAGCCGUAUGCAAGAUCUUGUGAACCUGCGCCAUCUUGAUACCAGAGGAUCUAAUUCUUUGAAAGAGAUGCCGAAGGGAAUGAGCAAGUUAAAGCACCUGAACUUCUUAAGUGGUUAUAUUGUCGGGGAGCAAGUGGAGAAUGGGAUAAGAGAAUUGGGAGCACUUGACAAUCUUCAUGGCAAACUUUGUAUUUCCAAAUUACAGAAUGUGAAAGACAGCGAUGAAGCUUUGGAGGCAAAGAUGGAUAGCAAGGAGCACAUCAGCAUUUUAGAAUUGAAGUGGCGUAGAGAAGGUGAUACUGUUGAUGUUGAAACUGCAAGAGAUAUACUUGAGGAGUUGCAACCUCACAGAAACUUGAAAGAGUUAUCAAUUGAUGGUUAUAGGGGUGAAAUAUUCCCUGAUUGGUUAGGCCUUUCUUGCUACUCCAAUUUAACCGACUUGAGUAUGUAUCGUUGUAAGAAUUGCCGUCAGCUUCCUUCACUGGGACAGUUACCCUCUCUAAAGGAUCUCAGGAUUUUUGAAUUCGAUGGGUUGGAGAGAAUUGGUGGUGAGUUUUACAACAACGCUGAAUCAUCUCAUCAGGGCACACCCUUCAGAUCUCUUCAAACUCUGGAAUUUGCUCAUAUGCCUCGCUGGCGAGAGUGGCAUAUUCCUGAUGACUUUGAUGGAUUUCCCAAACUUAAAAGCCUUUCCAUAGUCAACUGUCCGGUGUUAAGUGGAGAUCUGCCUGCUCACCUUCCAGCUCUGGAGAAACUUAACAUUGUUGACAGCGACGAGCUUGCAUGUUCACUGCCGAGAGCUCCCAAGCUUCACCAAUUACUUGUAAUGGGUCCUUUGUAUGAGUCUGAGGGGUAUAAGCAUUUAUCGAAACCGCAUGAGGUAGUAAUUUUAGAAACUUUGCUUACCAAGUCCGUAUUGGAGUGCCUGCCCCACAUCCAAUGUUCGUGUGUCCAACGUUUGACAAUCGAGAAUCUUUGGCCAGCAAUAUCAGUUUCAGGAGAUAAUUUGCCCGAUUCAUUACAAUAUCUGCAAAUCACUGGGUGUUCAGACUUAUUCUCAGGGCCACUGCAUUCCAAGUCCCUAACUGAGAUACUUGUCCAAGAAUGUGAUUCACUGACGUUGUUGCCAUUGGGGGCCCUUCCAAAUCUGAAGACACUCUCUAUCAUAGAUUGCCCAGAAAUGGAUUGUUUUGGAGAGGAGUGCCUCCCGCCGAGCUUGACAACCCUUCGGAUCAGAAGAUGCCAAAAACUAGAGAGGUGGAUAACUUGGAGGGGUUUGCAGAGUGAAGGCCUUACCCGUCUUUUCCUUGAAGACUGGGAUGAAGUUAAGUCGUUCCCGAGAGAGGGUUGCCUUCCUGCUUCCCUCCAGUAUCUAUCUUUGUCGUACUUUUCAAAUCUGGAGACGCUAGACUGCAAGGGCCUUCACCAACUCACCGCCCUCCAAAAAUUAAAAAUUAAAUACUGUAGCAAGCUGGAGAAUAUCACACAAGAAAACCUGCCUGCCUCCUUAUCAAAAUUCAUCAUCAACAGUGAAUGUCCAUUGAGGAGUAAGCUGGAAGAGAUGAACGACCCACGAAUUCAAUUCGACACAGACUAGGAGUACGAGUUUAGUUGAUUUCUGCAACAUGCAAGGAUUCUGUCUAUUAACAAUUUAAUGUGUUAAGGAGGAGGUGGAAGCAGGAGUUUCAAUUCGUGGAUGUGGUAAGGUGAGAAUGGGGUGAACUAAAAGUUGAAUGUUCCAAGAAAUUCAUAGAUAUGAUAAUGCAAGCAUUCUAUGAAAACCAGUCCAAGGAUGUUGUGGUUUCAAGCGUCUUGUGAGUGCUUGGCGCACACACUUCAUCCUUUUUAGAUGGGUUUCUCAUGAUCCAGACCCUGAAAUACAAUAUGGAUUUCUUUGCUGGAAUUGCUGAAAUACAAUACGACUGGGACUGCCAUUCAUUCAAGUUUCAUGGUCAACCAUUACUAGUUCAUUAAGUCCAAACUCAGUUUUACCAAGGAAUACCCUGAGUUUGAGUUGGGAAGUUAGGAAUAAGUGUUGGUUGUAAUACCCAUUCUGUAUAUUUUAGUUAGGGUGUUAAUUUCUGCUUUGCUCUUUCUGUUUGAAUCUGUUUUGAAUCUCUUAUUCUAUUGGAUAGUUUCCUCACGUAUAUAAGAUUGCCUUUUUGUUGUA